AUGGGUACAUGUGAUGCAGAGGCCGCUGUUGGCUGCGGCAAGAAGAAAUCAAACUACUUCAACAAUGCAUCAAGUGCAGUAUACCAAAAGAUCAUGCAAGAGUGGAAAAUCCUCCAAGAAAGCCUACCCAAAACCAUCUAUGUCUAUGCCUUCGAAGGCAGGAUUGACCUCCUCAAAGCUGUCAUCAUUGGAGCUGCCGGAACUCGUUACCACCACGGCCUCUUAUUCUUCAACCUCUUUUUCCCUUCCACCUAUCCCAGCUCACCUCCCCAAGUGCAUUACCUUUCACACGGUCUCCGAAUAAAUCCAAACCUGUACACAAAUGGUUAUGUCUGUUUGAGCCUAAUCAACACUUGGGAUGGCAACAACCGGAGAUGGGACCAUUCCAUAUCGAUCAUUCUCCAAGUCCUCCUUUCUCUACAAGCACUCGUGCUUAACAAAGAACCCUACAUCAACGAACCAGGUUACGAAAAAUCAAAUCCAAAGUACAAUCAUGUGGAAUCAAUGACUUAUAGCAACAAUGUUUUCAUAUUGUCGUGCAAGACAAUGCAGUACUUGAUCCAAAAACCACCUACGAAUUUUGAGACCUUUGUUGCUAGCCAUUUUCGCUCGUGUGGAAGCCUUGUAUUGAGAGCUUGUAAUGUUUAUAGGGAAGGUAGAGUGAGAGUUGGUUGCUACAAGAAUGAUGAGUCUUCUUCUUCAUCUUCUUUGACUGAUGUCAUUGAAAUUUCGAGUAAAUUCAAAGAGGAUAUGGAUUUGAUCUAUCCGAAACUUGUUGAGGCUUUUAUUAGGAUUGGAGCUUGUAUGGAGGUCAUGAAUGAAUUGAAAAUGGUUAGUCUAAACAAGCGUGAAGUGACCGAGAAAAUCAGCAAAAACUUUUUGCGACGUCAAGAAACGCUAGCUUUCUUAAACAAUUCCCUCCCAUUCAAAGUAGAAUGUAGUUUAUAUGCUUGA